AACUGUAUUCUGAUAUUAAGAUGACCGUUAGGUAGAAAAUGUACAUAUUUCUGCAAGAAUAAUGCAUGUUGAAGCCUGCUGAGAUUUAUUGUGACAAUGUUUACCUUUACAAGUACAAUGUAUUUUAAAAUAGUAAAUAGGCUACAGGGCUAUUUCGGAAAAACUAAUUGCAUUUCAAGCCCUAAAAUCAACUGUAUCUUAGUGGCGUUCGUCUUUAAAACGUGCGUGAAAUAAAACAAAAUGUAUCAUUACUGAACUGUAAGACCUUGAAAGCCUGUAAUCAUGUUUAUUUCGGUGAUACUGCUCUUAAAAACGUACAUGUUGUAUGUAUUUUAUUUUAAAACACGAUCCGAUUCCCUCAGUUCCGUCGUUAUUGAAAAAUACGUUUGAGAACGUUUCGUUUUCUAAGGAAAAAAAGGUGCAUAUUUUGGAAAAAAUAUAUACAUUUCAAGGCCGAUAUUUUUUCAUAAUGCAAACUGUAUAGAACUGAGUGUGUGUGUGUGUGUGUGUGUGUGUGUGUAUACAAAGACAAUCCAUUUCCAAGCAUUUCACUGUCACCUUUAAGAGAGGGGUAUGCCGUCCCUCUGUGUUGUAACGCCGACACUUCCGCCACAGUCUAAGCCGGAGGUGAAGCAGGAGGCCGGCGCGUGCAGCUCUCCGCAGGCCGCCUGCCUGUGCUCUCCCGCGGGGGCCGAGAAGAAGCAGUGCGCCAGCUGCGGCAUGGACAUCCACGACAGAUACCUGCUCAAGGUGAACGACCUGAACUGGCACCUGAGUUGUCUGGAAUGUUGCGUGUGUAGAACCUCCCUGCGUCAGCACAGCAGCUGCUACGUGAAAAACAAAGAGAUCUACUGCAAGCUGGACUACUUCAGUAGGUUUGGCACGAAGUGCGCCCAGUGUGGCCGCCAGGUGUACGCCAGCGACUGGGUGAGGCGGGCGCGGGGCAGCAUCUACCACCUGGCCUGCUUCGCCUGCUUCUCCUGCAAAAGGCAACUGUCCACGGGGGAGGAGUUUGGCCUGGUGGAGGGCAGGGUCCUCUGCCGCAGCCACUACGACGUCAUGCUAGACAACCUGCGCAGAGCGGCGGAAAACGGAACUGGGCUGACUCUGGAGGGGGCGCUGCCCUCCGACCAGGACUGCCUGCCCAAACCGACCAAGAGGGCGCGUACGUCGUUCACGGCAGAGCAGCUGCAGGUGAUGCAGAGCCAGUUUGCUCAGGACAACAACCCUGACGCUCAGACUCUGCAGAAACUGGCUGACCUGACGGGACUGAGCAGGCGAGUCAUCCAGGUUUGGUUCCAGAACUGCCGGGCGCGACACAAAAAGCAGCCCCCCGCAGGCGGCUUCUCUCACAGCAGCACCUCGCUGGCCAGGAUGCCCCCCUCCCUGCACGAAGACCACAUACAGUACUCCCCCUUCAGCAGCCCCGACAGGCCACAUCUACUGUCCCUGCACGGCUACCUGGAGAGUCAUCCCUUCUCAGUUCUUGCAGCUCCGGGUCACUUGAGCCACCCAGGCCUCCCUUUACCACAACUGCCCAUCAGCCGCUGACAUCCUGCAUCCACCCUGCAUCCACCCUCGCGCCACUUAGAGGAUGCCAUCAAGUUUCAGCCUUUGACUUCAAUUCCUACCAUUGAUCGCCUGUGGAGAGAUGAACAUUUUUUUUUUUAUUUGCCUUUUUUGUUGAGGACUCACUAAACACAGAGUCAUGCUUUUGUCCUACCUGCAAUUCAUUCAACCCGCAGCAAACGAUAGAAACGACGACUGUUGGCGAGCACGAAUGCAGCGUCUAAUGUGGUCUGUUGUUGUGUUGUCGUGAGAACGUGGACGCUCUUAUUUAUUCGGAAGAAAAACUCAGCACUUUUUAAAAUGUGUCUUGGCCGUACAUAGGGUACAUGUUGUAAAUAAGCUUGAAUAAAGCACCCAAGG